GUAGGCCUUUAAGUUUAUCUGCGACUCAUCAGACCACAGGACAUGGUUCCAUUAAUCUAUAUCCUUCCUCAGCUUGUCUUCAGCCAACGUUUUUCCGUUUUUUGAGUCUGCUAUCAUCUUUAGAAGCUUCUUUCUCGAGCAACAACCCUACAGAGCAAAUUGAUGCAGUAUGGUCAGAGCACUGACAGGCCGAUCCUCCUUCCUUCAUCUUCUGCAGCAAUGCUGGCAGGACUCAUACGUCUACUUUACAAACAACCUCUGGAUAAAAUGGACCAUUGUUAGGACUGUUCUGAGUGGAAGCCGCUGUAUGGUCUUGGCCACCCAGCUGCAGCUCAUUGUUGGGGUGUCGGUACGGUUUACUUUAAAACUGGAGCAACAAUGGGAUUUCUUUUUUUAGUCCCAAAUAAUAUCGCAAAGAGCAUGACAUUGGGAAUCAGAAGAAAAUUAAUAAGGCACAUGAUUUUUGUUUCUGUAUAUUUAUAUAGCACUUUUUCUUUGGAGACUUUACAUAUCUACUAUUUAUCUACAUUUUUAAGCAACAUGUAAACCAGUGUGGAUGUCUUGGCCAAGGACACAAGGCCACUGACAAGGAUGGCGGAAGCCGGAAUCGAACCAGGAACCCUCUCGUGUCAUUAUGUUUACAGUAAAUGUGUGUAACAUUUAAUAUCCCCUUUAAACAACAGCAACUGCCGCAUCAAUGGCCCGUGCAAAACGUCCUAGGACCACACCCUCAGCAAAUGAUGAGGGCCCCGUCAGGAAUGAUGAUGACGCCUGGGACCCCUCAAAUGGUUCCUGUUGGAUUCAUGAAUGGAGAAAUUUUGUUUGAGCAGGUACACCCCUUAAUGUCUGCAGCACCUCCCCAAAACCUCUUCACGUCAAUUAAUGCAAGGAAGACUGAACACGUGCGGGAGCGACCGUAUAUUAAGAAGCCGCCAAAUGCUUUUAUGUUGUUUGCAAAUAAGUACAGAGAAAUAGUCACCAUGCAACUGGAAAAGAGAGACAGCGCAUCUGUUCAUGUGGCCCUUGGUAAAAUGUGGAAGUUGCUCCCGCAGGCAGACAGGGACAAAUAUUAUGAGGAAGCCGAUGCUCAGAAGCGACGUCACGCACAACAGUAUCCUCGCUGGUCCACCUGUGAAAACUACGGGAAACGCAGGAAGCGGCGGAAAAGUAAACUUCCAUCCAGUGUUUCAAGGGAUACACCCGACUCAGAACAUGUAAGUAGUAUGAGUAUGUGUCUUCCUCCAGUCCAGACAGGCAUGAUGGCAUCGGAAGAAUUAGACUCUUCUUCAGCCACGACUGGUGCAGACACUCCAGAGACCAUGCAGUACAACUCCCAGUCUCUUUCUGCCCUGAGUUCUGACGAGUCUGAGGAUGCAGCCACUGAGGAGAACUUUACACAGCUGCCAUGUGUCGAGAAUGACAUUCCGGUGGCUCCUGAUGGACCGACGCAGGGAGAAACUCUUGAGAAUGACCAUGCACUCAAUCUCCUCGAUUGUAUGCUUCUGUCUCCUGCGUCUCAGAUUGAGCUCCAGAGUGUCGGGGAUGGGUUCCAAUUGUUCCUGGAACAUUUUGAGCCAGAGACUGUCGCAGUACAUACAGAGACUGAUGAAUCCAGAAAGCCUCUGAGUUUAGAAGAAUCACAGCAGCUCAUCAUCAAGCUAUUUGACAACCCUUCACUGACAGGGAACAUCAUGGUCGGGACUCAACAGGGUCACGAAAUAAAAGCUAGUUCCUCCAAGCCUCUGAGCAAAUACAUUCAGUUACCUUCUACUGCCGAGAGAGGCAACUCCAGUCAGACAAUGGCGAUCGGGACCUUGAAACAAGAGGUCGAGGUCCAAAUAACAAUGGGACAUCUUGAAAUUCCCACCUCUGUGGCAGUCGAUGUCAAGGAUGAACCCCAGCUGCCCCUCACCAUCCAGAGUCAGAAAAUAACACAAGUGGCCAUUGCCCACGUUGUACAUAAUCACAUGUUAGAAGCAGAGCCGCCAAGUCUACAGAGUCGAGACAAAGCUCUCCAACUACCAUCUGAGAACGAUCUUAACUCCUCUGCUGGACACUUGUGGAGCUUUAAGGAAGAGGCUCUGGCUCUGCACAGCCAGAAAAUGAGAGUGUCCCUUCAGUCUCUGAGUAAGGAAAACCUGUCUGGACAGUUGCCACAUUUCGAGUGUCUCUCCUCUGCAGAAGAUUCAAGAGAGGAAGACCUCCUCCAGUGCCUCAGCUUUGGUGACGAACUGCAAUUGUCUCCGGAUUUUAAUGCUGGAAGAUCGUGAGUUGCUGAAGUUUUUCAUGUUUGACUUUGUGUCUCCCAGGGCUGGACAUGUGGUGGCAAAGAGGGAACCACUGUUUACAUACAUUAGAAUAGUUAACUAGGGCCUCUCAAAGGCUUUCUGUAUGGCAUGUUUGGUGCAGUGUUGCUCAUCAGACUCUGUAGGAAAUAGUUUUACAAAACUGAAGUUGGCUUUAAGGGGAUUCAAAUAUAUUUUCUUCUAGUCUUCCCUCACUUUAGAAACCCCUACAGUAGAUAUUCUCUUGACUAUAUAUAUAUAUUUAUAUUUUAUUAUCAUAAGUUUUAUUUUAUUUGAUCUGCCUGUUGCGUCUUUUUUCAUUUUUAUUUUGAUGACGUGCGACAUCAAAUCCGACAGCAUAUAAGGUUCUUAAAUGAAACAUUUUCCUGAACUGGGUGACACACGCAGGUCAAAAUUGUGUGCGUGGAGUCAUGAAAAUGAUUUCAAAUGUAAAAGAUCGAUGCAGACUUUGAUUGAGCUUAGUGUAAACAUUGUCCCGAACUGCUUCUCAUGUGUACACAUUGGAAAGUACCACAUAAAGUGAUGAAGGUCAACAGAAUGAUAUUUUUGUUUUAAAUCUCCUAGCUACAUAUGUUUUGUUAUUAUAUGCUUAGUAGUGAAACCAUCUCUUUCUAAAACAAACAAAAAACCAGCGAUUGGAAGUAUCAACUUUUUACAUGCCUGUGUUUUUAUAGUAUAAGAGAUAUAUACAUGUAUUUUUGUAUCAAAUUAAUUUAUUGAAAUUUUAUGUGUGCUUAGUGUGCAAGAAAAUUCCUUUUUUAUAACUAGGCUUCUAAUGUCUGCCCUUCCCUCAGCAAUUAUUCUUGCCAACAUCUUGUUUUUGUACUGUGGUCUAGUGAGUUGUACCUCCAUUGAGGAUUUGCACACCUCAAAAAUCCGAAAAGAGGGAUGGGAAUAUUUAUCACAAUGUGGACUUUUUUAACACAACUGCAAAACAGUCUGGUUGAUUUGACCAUCCUUCUGGAACUCACUUUUACCUUCUCAGUUUACAUACUGCUGCUGUGACUGCACUUUAUGUGUACUUUCUCCAGACUUGUACAAGUCUGUAUCAUGUAUCCAUGUUCUGUAUAUAUGUGUCUUUGUAUACAAUGUAUAUACACGUAUUUAUGCUGCUAUGUAACACUAAAAAGACAUGAAUGGCCUGAAUCAACAACCAAGUGUGUGA